UGCAGUGACGAUGAUGAAUAUACGUGGCACGUUUUGGUCACCUGACCGCCGUGUACAGUGACGUGUGUGCCAACUGAGCAUGUAACCAGGAAGAGCCUGCUCAAAUUUCAACAUGCUAGCAGAAGAUACCAACGACGAAGACGUGUCUCUGUUUGAUGCGGAGGAGGAUGCAGGGAAGAAGAAGAAGACCAACAUUAAGCAUCCAGUGGCCUCCUUCUUCCACCUCUUCUUCAGAGUUAGUGCCAUCGUCGUGUACCUGCUCUGCGAGAUUUUCAGUAGAAGUUUCAUCGCCUGCAUGGUUACAAUAAUCCUUCUGCUCUCGUGUGACUUCUGGGCAGUAAAGAACAUCACUGGGAGAUUGAUGGUUGGUCUAAGGUGGUGGAACCAGGUGGAUGAUGAUGGCCGCAGCCACUGGGUGUUUGAGUCUAGGAAGGGUACUGGGAAGCAUCAAGCGUCAAAUUCUGAGUCCCGAAUCUUCUGGCUCGGACUGAUCAUUUGUCCGGUCCUCUGGGUCAUCUUUGCUUUCAGCACCCUCUUUUCCUUCAAGAUUAAAUGGGUGCCUGUCGUGAUCAUGGGUGUGGUGUUGCAAGGGGCCAACCUCUAUGGUUAUGUCCGGUGUAAAGUGGGAGGCAAGACCAGCCUAAAGAACAUGGCUACGAAUUAUUUUGGUCGACAGUUCCUCAAACAGGCGCUGUCUAAAGAAGAGGAAACGUAGAGUGCAUCUCUGCGAUUUUAACAUGUUUGCAUUAUUCUUAAUGCUAUUAUAUAUAUUCUUUUAGCAAGUGGAUACAUCAAAAGAAAUCUUUUUGCAACAAGAUCUGAAAAUAACAGUUCACUUUGUUUUCCACAGAGAUCUUAGGUCUGGUAGCUGUUUUCAGUAACUGAAGCUCAGCAAUAAACCCUCACAGACUUUAACUGAUGCUUAAGAGUAAAUGCAUGAGUGAAAAAGGGUGCAAGGGCUUGAAAUGUUUGAUGUGUGUAGUCACUGCUCCCUGAGGUAUCUUAUUUAGUUUAUCUUAUUUAGUUUUUUUCAUUGCCUCCUAACUUUAAUCUUUAUAAAAUGUAAAAAAUGUAGUUUCUGAGAGGUAUUGUACAAACAUUUUUGUUUGUAGUGAUAGACAAGGUUGUAAAGUAAGAGUGUAAAGUAUUCCAGGAGAUUUGUAAAUAUGUAUGUAAAGAAACUAUGUGGAACAUCUUCUUUUGUGCUAAUACAUUUGUAACAUUUUUCCGAA